CCAUAGAUAAGAAAAGAGAAGAAACUUGGUCUAAAUAAGACAUCUCUCACCUAUUACUCUCUUGGGAAGUAGGAAGGACUUGUGGCUGCAGGUGGCCAGACUGGUCUAUACCUUGAGGAAAUAUGAUAUAGGAUCUUGUCUUCUGAAUAUGAGCUGGACUCCAUGACUAAGGUGGAUUUAGGAGUUUUUACUCAAGGCCACCUCUCUUUGGACAUGCUGUUCUGAUUUCCCCAGAGCCAAGGCAUUUAGUUAUGGUUCAACAAGCAUACUUUGCACCUGGUCUCUGCUAGGUCCUGCACAGGGCACUGAGACAGUAUGGGACGUAGUAUCCCUGCCAUCAGCCCCAAUCCCAUCAAACAUUCCUUUGUGGAAAGCUGGGAGCCUUUGCUUACCCCUGCCCUAGGUUAGUAUGUGUGGAUGUGUAUGGUUCAGUCUCACCUGCUCCCAAGCCUUCCUACCAUUGCAGGACUGAGGUCUGUAUGACCUUUGACUAGUCUGGAGUAGACACAUUCUGCAUCUGGCUCAGCCUCCAGGACAACUGGCUGCCCAUGAGUGAUGAAAGAUGGCAUCCAAGGGGGCUGGCAUGUCUUUGUCCCGAAAGAGCUAUAGGCUGACCUCAGAUACUGAGAAGUCCAGGGUCACAGGCAUUGUGCAAGAGAAACUACUGAAUGAUUACCUGUACCGCAUCUUUUCCUCUCCUGAUUAUGGGCCCCCUGCAGCCACCAGCAGGGACCCCCUGAACUUCCAUAACCUGCCAGAGCAUGUGGAGCAGCUGCUGCAGGUGGACAGUGAAGAUGAGGAGAGCCAGGGACAAGUUGAAGGGCGACUUGGGCCAUCUACUGUGGUCCUAGACCACACAGGAGGCUUUGAGGGGCUUCUCCUUGUGGAUGAUGAUCUCCUGGGGGUGAUUGGACACAGCAACUUUGGCACUAUCCGCUCUACCACAUGUGUGUACAAAGGGAAGUGGGUCUACGAGGUACUCAUCUCCUCCCAGGGGCUCAUGCAGAUCGGCUGGUGCACUAUCAACUGCCGCUUUAAUCAGGAGGAAGGGGUUGGAGAUACAUACAACUCCUAUGCCUAUGACGGGAAUCGGGUGCGCAAAUGGAACGUGACCACAACAAAUUAUGGCAAGGCGUGGGCAGCGGGAGACAUCGUGAGCUGCCUGAUUGAUCUGGACGAUGGCACUCUAUCCUUUUGCCUGAAUGGUGUGUCACUGGGCACUGCCUUUGAGAACCUUUCCAGAGGCCUGGGAAUGGCCUACUUCCCAGCCAUCAGCCUGUCAUUCAAAGAGUCUGUGGCAUUCAACUUCGGCAGCCGUCCUUUGCGCUACCCAGUUGCGGGCUUCCGGCCCCUGCAGGACCCUCCCUUCACUGACCUGGUGCGGGCACAGAGAUUGCUGGGCUGUUUUCGGGCAGUGUUGAGUGUGGAGCUGGACCCUGUGGAAGGGCGAUUGGUGGAGAAGGAAAGCUCCGAGUGGCAGUUGCAAGGGCAGCCCACCGCCCUCCUUACCCUGGCCCACAUCUUCCAUCACUUUGCACCACUCCUGCGCAAGGUAUACCUGGUGGAGGCUGUGCUUGUGAGCUUCCUGCUGGGCAUCACGGAGAAGGGCACGCCUGAGCAGGCGCAGUCUGUGGUACACCAGAUCUUGGACCUCCUGUGGCUCUUCAUGGAGGACUAUGAGGUACAGGAUUGCCUCAAGCAGUUGAUGAUGUCUCUGCUACGUCUCUACCGGUUCUCACCCAUUGUCCCAGACCUGGGUCUACAGAUCCACUACCUGCGCCUCACUAUUUCUAUCCUGAGACAUGAGAAGUCCCGCAAGUUUCUGCUUAGCAACGUCCUUUUCGACAUGCUUCGGUCUGUGGUCUUCUUUUAUAUUAAGAGCCCCCUGCGUGUGGAGGAGGCUGGCCUGCAGGAACUCAUCCCCACCACCUGGUGGCCCCAUCGCUCCAGCAGGGAGGGCAGAGACAGUAAGGAGGCAAAGGAGGAGACCACUGAGGAGCGGCAACGGAGGCGAGCCUACGAACGUGGCUGCCAAAGACUAAAGAAGCGCAUUGAAGUGGUGGAAGGACUACAGGUCCAGAUCCUGAAGCUGCUGUUGGACAAUAAGGAUGACAAUGGGGGUGAAGCUUCUAGGUACAUCUUUCUGACAAAAUUCCGAAAGUUUCUGCAGGAGAAUGCCAGCGGCCGGGGGAACAUGCCAAUGCUCUGCCCCCCUGAGUACAUGGUUUGCUUCCUGCACCGGCUGGUGUCUGCCCUGCGCUUCUAUUGGGAUGAAUACAAAGCUUCCAACCCCCGCGCUUCCUUCAGCGAGGAGGCGUAUGUCCCGCCCCAGAUCUUCUAUAAUGGCAAGGUGGAUUACUUUGACCUUCAGCGCCUUGGGGGCCUCCUCUCACACCUUCGAAAGACCCUUAAAGAUGACCUUGCUUCCAAAGCCAAUAUCGUGAUUGACCCCCUGGAGCUCCAGGCAGCUACCAUGGAUGACCUGGAUGAGGAUGAAGAGCCAGCCCCCACGGCGGUCCAGCGUCCCAUACAAGCCUUGGCCAUGGGUGGGGCUCUGCCCCUGCCCCGGCCAGGCUGGCUCAGUUCUCCAACCCUGGGCCGAGCCAACCGCUUCCUCAGCACAGCAGCUGUGAGCCUCAUGACCCCACGGCGGCCUCUGAGCACCAUAGAGAAAGUGAAGGUUCGCUCGCUGAACGUGGAGCAGAGGUCUCGUGAGGACAUCGAGGGCAGCCACUGGAAUGAGGGCCUGCUGUUGGGGAGACCCCCUGAGGAGCCCGAGCAGCCCCUCACCGAGAACUCGCUGCUGGAAGUCCUGGAUGGCACAGUCAUGAUGUAUAACCUCAGCGUACACCAGCAGCUGGGCAAGAUGGUGGGUGUGUCUGAUGAUGUCAACGAGUAUGCAAUGGCCCUGAGAGACACAGAGGACAAACUCCGCCGGUGCCCCAAGAGGAGGAAGGACAUCCUUGCAGAGCUGACCAAGAGCCAGAAAGUUUUCUCAGAAAAGCUGGAUCACCUGAGUCGCCGGCUCGCCUGGGUCCAUGCCACUGUCUACUCCCAGGAGAAAAUGCUAGAUAUCUACUGGCUGUUGCGUGUCUGCCUGCGGACCAUCGAGCACGGGGAUCGCACAGGGUCUCUCUUUGCCUUCAUGCCUGAGUUCUACCUAAGUGUGGCCAUCAACAGCUACAGUGCUCUCAAGAAUUAUUUUGGCCCUGUGCACAGCAUGGAAGAGCUCCCAGGUUACGAAGAGACCCUGACUCGCUUGGCUGCCACCCUGGCCAAACACUUUGCUGACCCACGCAUCGUAGGCACUGACAUUCGAGACUCACUGAUGCAGGCCCUGGCCAGCUAUGUGUGCUACCCACACUCUCUGCGGGCUGUGGAACGGAUCCCCGAGGAGCAGCGUACCGCCAUGGUCAGGAACCUUUUGGCACCCUAUGAGCAACGGCCCUGGGCCCAGACCAACUGGAUCCUGGUGCGGCUUUGGAGGGGCUGUGGGUUUGGGUACCGAUAUACACGGCUGCCACAUUUGUUGAAAACCAAACCAGAGGAUGCCAAUUUGCCCAGCCUCCAAAAACCCUGCCCUUCCACCCUACUGCAGCGGCACAUGGCAGAUCUGCUGCGACAAGGACCUGAUGUAGCACCUAGCUUCCUCAACAGUGUCCUUAACCAGCUUAACUGGGCCUUCUCGGAGUUCAUCGGCAUGAUCCAGGAGAUUCAACAGGCUGCUGAACGCCUAGAGCGAAACUUUGUGGACAGCCGGCAGCUCAAGGUCUGUGCCACCUGCUUUGACCUCUCGGUCAGCUUGUUGCGUGUCUUGGAAAUGACCAUCACACUGGUGCCUGAGAUAUUCCUUGACUGGUCCCGCCCUACCUCUGAGAUGCUGCUUCGGCGCCUUGCACAGCUCCUGAACCAGGUGCUGAACCGGGUGACAGCAGAGAGGAACCUGUUUGACCGUGUAGUCACCCUACGGCUUCCUGGCCUGGAGAGUGUGGACCACUACCCUAUCCUGGUGGCAGUGACCGGCAUCCUGGUACGCCUCCUGGUGCAUGGUCCAGCCUCAGAGACAGAGCAAGCCACCUCUGUGCUGCUGGCUGACCCGGGCUUCCAGCUCCGCUCCAUAUGCUACCUCCUGGGGCAGCCAGAGCCCCUAGUACCCGGCACUGCCUUGCCUGCCCCUGACCGGAAGCGCUUCUCUCUACAGAGCUAUACAGACUACAUCAAUGCUGAGGAGCUUGCCCAGGUGGAGCAGAUGCUGGCACACCUGACUGCUGCAUCUGCCCAGGCAGCAGCUGCCUCCCUGCCCACCAGUGAAGAGGACCUCUGCCCAAUCUGCUAUGCCCACCCCAUCUCUGCUGUGUUCCAGCCUUGUGGCCACAAAUCCUGCAAAGCCUGCAUCAACCAGCACCUAAUGAACAACAAGGACUGCUUCUUCUGCAAAGCCACCAUUGCAUCCGUAGAAGACUGGGACAAGGCAGCCAACACCAGUGCCACCUCCUCAGCUGCCUAGGACAGCCUAAUGCGCACAGCUCGCAGCGUCCUGGAACCUCCACCGUCGAACCCAGACCGAGCCCUAUUUAUGAGCUCUCGGCCUUCUCCACAUCACCCUUACUCUCACCACACCCACCCGUCUGCCUGUGUGUAGCCUCACUCGUGGGAGCCCAGCCAUCGCCCUAAUCAUGCCUGAGCUUGACUUGCAAUCCAGGCUACAGUGAGCAUUAAAUUAUUAUUCCAUACA